AUGUUUUCGAGGCUGUGCAAAAACACGAUCUUCCCUACGGGUCUCAACCAAUCGUCCACAACCUCAGCCACUGGAAACAACGCGGAAAGAAGUGUUGCUACAGCUGACGGAACCUCAGGUGCAUCCCGAACGACAGGUACACCGGAGACCGGUCCGGACGCAUCGGUGCCAACAGCGUCGAACAACGUUGGUGGUUCCGUAGCGGUUGUUGCGGCGGCCAUCGCUGCCGACCGACGUCGCCGUCGACAGCAGCUUGGUGGACGUAAUCUACCAUCGCUGCCGGUUUUGCCACCGAGAUCUCGUGGUCCGAUAAGGGCACCGGAACCACCGCCACCGUACUGGGCGCACUACGCACACAGACCGGUUCCAGCGGCUCCGGCGGCACCAACAAUCGCUAGGAUUGGUAGCGCUGUUUCAGCUGGUGGUGGUGGUGGUGGUGGAGUUGAUUGUUCUGCUGCUGCUGCUCCUAGGCACAACUCUGCCUCGGCCACCGAUGAUAGUGACACCAGCAAUGACAUACCCCGCAUCCAUCGUGGUAGAUCAACGUCCGACGAGAGCUCUUCGAUUGGAGGAGCUGCAGGGCGCAGCGGCGCUACAGGAUUCCACGCUGCUCAACAACACGAGCCUAAUGCGACUGAUGCACAGCACCGCUACAACCUUCGGAAUCAACAGCGCCAACGAAUUAAGGAGCAUCUGUUAAGUCAAGAUGCGUUUUGUCCAGAUUUGGUGCGAAACUGUAAAAAUAUUGUCAACGGCUCACCAGCACGUCAAUCAUCGCCCGUACCGGGUGGAGAGUACGCUGAAGUUGGCGAACUAAGCCGUAGCCUAGCGGCGGUUGCCAUUAACGUUGGUGCGUCGACGUCGGCAGGACGAUCUGCUACCACGAUUGGCGCGGGAAACGGUGGCGACAAGGGGAAAACUUCCAUCCUUCAACCACUAACAUCUGACGACUCUGGUCCCAGUGCUAGCGACGUACCGGUGACUAUGGGGCAAAACUUGAGUAUUCGUAGACCAAAGAUUUCACUGACAUGGGUACUUCGGGAGCAAUCGCGCGAAGGUUCAACGACAGCAGGGUCCGUCUCGAGCCAACAACAAUCGCAACAAGCGUUACAACAUCCCACAGUUGUAUCGAGUACGACAGGAAAGGCCACUCCGAUCAAGGGCCCUACAGCUGACAAAACGAACCAAAGCACACCGCGUGUAAGCCCCACAGAGCAGCAGGUGCUUGGACCUACAGCAGCCGUAGUUGGACCGUCGAGUGGUAGCGUCCAACCGGUUGCAGUCUCAAAUGGCGUUCACAACCACCAUCAUCAUCAUGUGAUCGUGCGGAAGAAAUCGAGAACACGUAGCAAGGAGCGAUUGUUUAGCGAAAAGUACGUUAGCGAUAACAACCUCUCGGAGUACCACAGUGACAAGUUGCGUGGCCUUGCUAACGAUGACACGACGGUACCCUCCAUUGUGGGGUCCUCGGCACCGGUGCCAACGACGGCGGGUGCGAGUGUCGGAUCCAAUCUGUAUCGUAAAAGCAACCGCAAAAAUAGCGAACGGCUGAAGAAGAAGGAACGACUGUUGCUGUACCCUACCGGGUUGACGGUGGACGCAAACGGGCACCAUAAUAACAACAACAGUCAACACGCGAUCAACCUCAACAAGGAACCAGCCUACGGCGAAGGUUUGAAGGAGAAGCUAGCGGUUGCGCUUAAGAACACCUGCUCGGAGCCGUCGCUCUACACGACGGUCUCGGAACCAUCCGCAUCCACCAAGCAUCGGCAUCAUCGGCAUCACCAUCGGCGACGGCGAGAACGGUACCGUUCCCAGCGUUUCGGGUACGAGAUUAACAACGUCGACGAGUUCCUGUCGAAGUGUUCCCUGUCGUCGCCCGGUAACAUUCCUGUGGUGCUAUCUUCCGCGGCCACGCUCUAUCAGACGCGCCCCGGUAGUUACCAGAUCGAGAUACCGCUGCCCCUCGGGAUGGUGGUGAACGCGGUGUUCAAGAACCAAAACUGGCUGUACGUACAGACACCCCAUGCGGAGGAGGGCUACGUAGCGUACGACACGUGUCUCCCACUCGGUAUACUGCCUUCAAACCAAAGAUCAACAUCCAGCUCGAAACCUACGCCGUGCUGGGAGUCGAACAAGGAUGUCUUCCCGAAACCGUGCGGCAAUCUGACCGACAGUGAGAAGGAGAUCCAGCAGCUGCGAGGUGGCACCCGAUCCGAAGGACGGCGCACACCUCGUCUAAAACGGAGUAGUGCAAAUAGCCGCAGUGCGGCGUCCAUUACUGCUUGUAACAGUGAGCGCGAUUUGGACUCGCUGUACCUCCGCACGGUUGCAUCAAAUCAGCCGAAAUCCACCGACGGUCAGACACAGUAUGCCCAGUUGAAGCUCACCACCAAGGUGCUUGGAUCGGUCGCCCCAUCGGUAAAGUCCGAGAAGGCACUAGCGAUCGAGCAGCUGGAGAAACUGAUCUGUUCCGGCAGCGGAGACUAUGUGCAUCUGCUGAAGCAGCGGCAACAGCAUCUUCUCGCGAAACAACAACACUAUCUGGUUCAGCUUCGCCAACAACAGCAACUACAGCAGCAGCAGCAACAGGCAUGCAAGAUCGAACAUGGUUCCCACGGCAACCAGAUUAUCAGUGGCAGCAACCAUUUACGAAUCUCUCUCGGUGGCACUGUAGGCAUGACGAGUGUGCCAAACGGCCCGGUUACCGUUUGCACGUCAGCUGCGGCCGUCCGACAAACGCUGCUGGCCAUCACGGACAACUACUGCUCGGAAGCGGUGUCGGUGCACAAGGGGGAUGUGGUUACGCUGCUUGCCUGCAAGGAGUAUCAAGAGAAGGGACUGAAAAACUACAAACAGUGGUUCUUUGUGCGCACACGUGACGGCCACGAGGGCUACAUUCCAGCUGAAGCGGCUGGCCAUGGGUUUCUCUAA